AUGGGUUGCGGAAUGAGUACCGAGGACAAGGAGGGCAAGGCCCGCAACGAGGAGAUUGAGAACCAGCUUAAGCGCGACAAGAUGAUGCAGAGAAACGAAAUCAAGAUGCUCUUGCUGGGUGCUGGUGAAUCGGGCAAGUCGACUAUUCUGAAGCAGAUGAAGCUCAUCCACGAGGGUGGCUACUCGCGCGAUGAGCGGGAAUCGUUCAAGGAAAUCAUCUUCAGCAACACUGUCCAGUCCAUGCGUGUUAUUCUGGAAGCCAUGGAGUCGCUCGAAUUGCCCCUCGAGGACGCCCGCCAUGAGUACCACGUACAGACUGUCUUCAUGCAACCCGCUCAGAUUGAAGGUGAUAGCCUUCCUCCGGAGGUUGGCAAUGCCAUCGGUGCUUUGUGGCGCGACUCGGGUGUUCAGGAGUGUUUCAAGCGUUCGCGCGAAUACCAGCUGAACGAUUCUGCUAAAUACUACUUCGACGCUGUUGAGCGUAUUGCUCAGCCCGACUACCUUCCCACCGACCAGGAUGUCCUUCGCUCUCGUGUCAAGACUACCGGUAUCACUGAGACCACCUUCAUUAUUGGCGACUUGACCUACCGUAUGUUCGACGUCGGUGGUCAGCGUUCUGAACGUAAGAAGUGGAUUCAUUGCUUCGAAAACGUCACCACCAUUCUUUUCCUGGUCGCCAUCUCUGAAUACGACCAGCUUCUGUUCGAAGAUGAGACCGUCAACCGUAUGCAGGAAGCGCUCACUCUGUUCGACUCGAUUUGCAACUCGCGGUGGUUCGUCAAGACUUCCAUUAUUCUUUUCCUCAACAAGAUCGACCGUUUCAAGGAGAAGCUGCCCGUCAGCCCCAUGAAGAACUACUUCCCCGACUACGAGGGCGGUGCCGACUAUGCCGCCGCUUGCGACUACAUCCUCAACCGCUUCGUGUCUCUGAACCAGGCCGAGCAGAAGCAGAUCUACACUCACUUCACAUGUGCCACUGAUACCACACAAAUCCGCUUCGUCAUGGCUGCGGUCAACGAUAUCAUCAUUCAGGAGAACCUCAGACUCUGCGGUCUCAUUUAA